ACACAAGUGACAUGUGACUCUUUCUGUUGGCAACUUAGCAUUUUUGGCUCUAGAGCAAAGUAUAUACCGGAGGAAUAAUAUAAUAACAUUAUGUUACUCCCUUGGGAUUUGAAAGGGAUAGAAAUUCGAGAACAUAAUUGAACUGAAGCUCUGCUCCAUUUUACCUGAUCGAUACAGAAAUAAUGGAAGCGUUGAGAAGCAGUUUGAAUUGUAAUCAUACUCGGAAGAUACGUGUUGUCCAUGACAACACGAAGCUGAAGCUGAAGAAGAAGAGUUGCUUGUUUUUAUCGAAUUCGAAGCGAAUCUCUCCGCUCAGAUUUUGCGUUCGAUCAGCUCACGUAAACCUAGACUCUGUCAAGCCAAAAGGUUCAGUAGAUCAAGAAUCUGAAAUUCUGGUCUGGCCUUCUCCUAAAGACAAAAUCCCAUUCUGGAAGAGAGAUUUUCCCCUUUCUCAUGUCCGUGCAGAAGGUCUGCCUAAUAUAAAAGACACUGAUCUUCUCCAUAUUGUUCAUAUAACUGCUGAGCUAGCACCAAUAGCUAAAGUUGGUGGUCUUGGUGAUGUUGUUACCGGACUAGGGCGCGCAUGUCUAUCAAGGGGUCAUAAAGUAGACAUUAUGCUCCCGUUUUAUGAGUGUAUCCACAAACACAAUAUAAAUGAGCUGGAACUAGUAACUACAUAUGCCUCAUAUCAUGAUGGAAACUGGGUACCUACCAAUGCAUAUCAUGGAGUAGUUUCAGGCAUUGAAGUGAUAUUUAUUGAGCCUUCCAACCACUUCUUUAAAGGGGAAUCUGUAUAUGGAGGCUCAUACAAUGAGCUCGAAGCAUACUUGUUCUUUAGCCGUGCGUGCCUUGAGUGGAUGCAGAUUACUGGAAAAGAGCCAGAUAUUAUUCAUGUUCAUGAGUGGCAGACAAGUGUACUACCCCUGCUUUACUGGGACAUGUACCAUUAUCUCUCGCUCCAGAAGCCAAGAAUAGUAUUGACAAUCCACAAUAUGGAGCAUUAUGGAGAAUGCAGCCAGGAACAGCUUAAUAAAUGUGGUCUUGAUGGAUCUUUAUAUGGGACUCUUGAUAAGGCUGUUGAUGAUAGAACCAUUGGCCAUAACCCUGAAAGGUUGAGUUUACUGAAAGGAGGCAUUGUGUACAGCAAUGCAGUGGUUACAGUUUCUCCAACGUACCUUACAGAAACACUAUGCUCUGGAUGGCUUACAAGAACCUUGAUGCAAAAUCGUGAUAAAUACAUUGGCAUUUUAAAUGGUAUAGAUACCACGAUAUGGAACCCUGCUACUGAUGCUUUUUUGCCUAUAAAUUAUGAUGCCCUGAAAGUAGGUGGCAAGAAAAUAUGCAAACAAUUUGUUCAGAAGGGGCUCGGCUUAGCCUCAGAAGAUACUGAAAACAACAACGCCGCUGUUCGGAUACCAUUGAUUGUUUGCAUCACGAGACUGGUUGCUCAAAAGGGUCUUCAUCUGAUUAGACAUGCAAUCAAACUUGUGGAACAACUUGGUGGACAAAUGAUCAUUCUAGGAAAGGCAUCCAAUACUCAAGUGGAAAGGGAGUUUGAAGAUCUUGCAAAUUUGCAUAACAAAGACUCUAACAUCCGGAUCCUUUUGAUGUAUAGUGAGGAACUGUCACAUAUGCUUUAUGCUGCAGCAGACAUGGUUUUGGUGCCUUCAAUUUACGAGCCGUGUGGACUUGCUCAAAUGAUCGGAAUGCGAUAUGGAGCGGUCCCUGUAGUUAGAAAGACCGGUGGCCUGGCUGACACAGUCUUCGACAUUGAUGAUCAUUCACAACCUGAGAUGGCGAAUGGCUUUGUCUUUGAAGGAAUUGAUGAAGAAUCCUUGGAUGGAGCUCUGCACCGCGCAUUUUCAUACUACCAAGAGAAACCAAAUGACUGGAAUCGCACAGUUCAGAAUGUGAUGAAAAUCGAUAAUAGCUGGAACAACACCGCAGGGAAGUACAUUGAUCUCUACAACUCUAUCAGGGUAAAAUAAGGAAUAUUAUAUUACAGCCAAUCACCUAAUCAGAUUCCCAAAAUGAUAAUUUGCUUGUAUAUAUAAAAAGGUGCCAAAAUAUAAUAAUUGUGUGGCGCAUAAAACCUCUGAAAUCUAACCAUGGCUGGGAGGUUAUAAUAAAUUCUGGAUUUGAUC